AUGCCUUGGAAUGAAAGUCCAAAAAAAUGGAUAGCGUUAAACUACACCGACAACUCAUUAAACAGUGUGAUCGAAGACGGGAAGUUUAAAGGACAACUCAACAAACAAGUAAGUUCACAAUGGAUCACCUUUAGAAUCGAAAACAAAGAAGUGUCAUGCUAAAAAUAUAGUUUUUAAAUUAAGAUAAUCUUGUUUUGAUAAUUAACGACAAUACAGUAAACAGCGUUAGUAGUAUAAUAGAGAAGAGGUGUUCACCUUCCGUCAAAACGUCACCAUGCAUUUUAAAGUUAGCGUUAUUUUAUGCAUGUUUUCAAGGUUAUGUCACAUAUAUGUAUUCUCACUAAAGUGUCUGAAACAGAUGAAUGCAUGUCACAGGCUCGUAUGUUAUUAGGUUAUUCACGACAACUUGCUCUAACCCUAUCUUUGAUUUAUUAUGUAUAGAUAUCUGUUAGAACAGAUGUUAACGGGAGUUAGCAUACACAUUUUGAUGAAUUUUUACAUUUCAAUCAAUUAUACCCGACGACAUUCGUACUCGUACUCAUUCGUACUGCAUAUGGGUCGAAAUCAUUCGUAUGAGUUGCAAGCCUCUCCUGAUAUGUUGCAUUUACAGACCUACAGACCAAGACUGUGCACUAUUUAUCUCGGGACUUGGUGAUUGCUUGUCUAAGAUAGAUCUGGAAUUGAAUGUGAAUUGAUUUUAUUAGGUGAUUUCAAUAUCGAUCAAUAUAAUGGCUGCAAACAGAAUAAGCAAAAACGUAUUAACUUUGCACGUUCCGUGUAUUUGUCUCAAAUUAUAACAGAGCCAAUUGAUUGAUUUGGCUUUUGUCAAUAAUCAACAUCGUAUUGUCGACUCCGGUGCAGUUUCGUUAUCAUUGAGUGAUCAUUCUUUAGUGUACUGUUUAGUAAAAUGAGGUGUGAAAAAGGCUCCCCCUAGAACAAUGGAAUACCGCUCGUACAAGUCCUUUAAUGCCAAUACUUUUAUUCAUUUUAUAACUCCACAAACUUAAUGGGUGUGUCAUCUAGCACCGUAGGUUGGUUUAUUCCUACCUGAGCAAUCGGACGCAACAAACGUCUCGUGGACGUGAAUUGUCGCACACUCUUCCAGCCACUUUUGGAGUCCUCCCAGGGAGCAUUUAUGGCCCACUUCUCUUUCUCGUGUACAUAAACGAUCUGCCCAGUAUAUUACCAAUAAGUGCAAUGUUUCCUUGUAUGCCGAUGAAGUCUUAUAAUGCUACGCCUCAGAUGUCAAUGAUCUUGAAAGAAAUCUUGAUGAAGAUUUACUUAAGUUAGCGAUUUGGUUAAAUGAGUAUAAGCUGACACUGAAUUUAAAUAAAACUCGAUCAACGAUUAUAGGCAGUGAUAGGAAGUUAUGCAAUAUAUCUUCGAUCUCUGUCUCUGUCAACAACACUGAAGUCUCAACGCCAGCAAUUUCAAGUACUUAGGAGUCACCAUUACAGCCAACUUCAGUACCUGGUCAGAACAUAUAGAUCGCAUUUCCGCUAAAGGCAAUCAACGCCCAACCUCGUUCCCAGGCCUGGGAACGAGGCUGGUCAACGCCUAAGUCUAAUUGGCAGUAUUAAACACCUGCUACGAAUCCUUUUUAUAACAGUCUUGUACUCCCAAUAAUACAGUGCUAAUGAACAAUCAGAUACUCCAGAACAAAGCCCUCAAGAUUGUUUUAGAUAUAAACCACUUUUUUCAUCGGCAACAGACGCAUUAAACACAUUAGGCUGGAUCACUCUUGAACAACGUAUAGAUUGUAUCAUAGAUGCUUAUUUGUUUUUAAGUGUCUAAAUAAUCAUGCCUCACAUGGAUUUGAACUUCUAGCGAACAGAGAAAUACACAACCACAUUACGCGAUAUAAGGAGAAUUAAGGUCACCUAAAGUAAAUCGUUUCUUGGUGCUACAGUAUAGUUAAAUUCGUUAUAGACAGAAAUAGACAAAAUAAACAGAGGGAAACAUUUUAGAGGAGUUAGGUCUAUGAUCAGGAAGACAGUUAGAUAUAGAUAGUAUGUUAUAGACCGUCAAACACAUGUAAAAGUUGGCAUGUUUGUGUAUACAAUUCCCAUGGGCCUUACGAACAUGAGUGGGGGUACUCUUUGUGUCCAUGAAUUAUCUGCAUGAGUAGACUCAUGCAGAACUGCUACUCAUAUGCUCAUAAGACCCUUUGGUACGAUAUUUUUCUCACGCGCAACACGUCUAUAGGCAAAUACCAAGUCAUCAUGCAGUUUCAGAUAUCAGCAGCAACUCUUGAGUUUAUGAUCGGAGCAGCAACUCUGAGUCUAUGAACAGCAAUCUAAAAACCCCUCUUUAUUAUACAACUAUAUAGCGUUGGCCUAAUUUAAUCAAGAAAUUUAAUAUCUAUACCACGCUCAAGGGUGGGUUGACUACAAAAUUUUUGUAGUUCGCUAUAACUACAGCUACUUCAAAAAUAUGUAGUCAGCUACAACUACUGCUACUUUUGAACAAAGGUAGUUCGCUACUGACUACAGCUACUGCUUAAAAAAUGUAGCGAACUAUUUCGCUAUUUCGCUACUCUAUAUUUUUUAGUUUUACGGUAUUUGGAGCAUCCACUAGCUCAAGCUGUAAUAUAACCUAUAACAAAUCGACUUACGAGUAGCAACAGUAAACAAAAAGGGUCAAAGCAACAUUUUUAUAAGCACUACAGUGUUCAGGAGUGCCACUUUUCAUUGCGCUAAAAUAAUCUUUACUGUAUAAAAUAAUCUUUUAAGCAAACCGUGUCUUAAUAUCAUUCUAUUCUAUGAACGGUUGCUAACAUAUUUUAAAAAGUAGCGAAUAGCGAUUCGCUGUUUGAAAAGUAGUCAACUACUUGGCUACUUUUAGGCAAAAUGUAGUUCGCUAUAACUACAACUACUGUUUUAAAGAAGUAGUCAAAAACUACUGGCUACUUGAAAAUUGUAGUUCGCUACAGUAGCGAACUACAACUACUUGGCUACUACCCACCCUUGACCACGCUAUAACAGUUGAAAAAUUACUUCAUAGGUUAAUAGUUUUUAAAGGAAUUCGCAUUUUACUCUGUUUAGCAAAUCAAGAACUUUAUUUCUGUGUUGGUGUUGUGUACUCAGGUGAAUAAUAUGUUUGCGAUGUUACUCUGAGUGCAUAUCCACACCGGGCGAGCUUGAAAAAUAUGCCCGGCCACGGUGGGAUUCGAACCUACGACCUUUGGAAUACUAGCCCAAUGCUCUUCCUUGUAAGGAACUACUGCAAAGAAACAGGUUUGUGAGUCACCAACGUUUUUGGUGAAGGAUUUUGCAGAUGGAAAUUUCGACUUGUAAAUUUUAUACAUCUGGUUAGACCUAACCAGCAGCAGCUGCGAAAAAUGCAACUAUAGGCCCUCUGGCAGCAAUCCAAUCCGCGGCCUGGCGAUUUCGGUACAUCGCUCAAACCAAUUGAGCUGCAGAGUCCAGUACCAUUGCUGUGUAACAUAACGAAAAACUUAAUGAAAAACAUUCGAUUAGAAAUGUCGUGGUAUAAUUGAUGUUUGGACAUUCCAAAAGGAAUUUUUAAGAGGAAGAACAGUUUAAAUUAAACCGAUAGAACUAUUCAAUAUAAUCAAGUUAGUUUAAUCAAACUGUGGUUUAAUGUCCUCUACACCUCUAAGCAAACAAACAAAAGAAUCAGUAAUUUUUAUAGUGGCUUAUUGGAAAUGUGGUGCAAAUACCUUACUCUAAAAUUUCUGACUAAAGUUUACAUGCACGAUGUUACCAUGUGGUCUUGCUAAAAUUCACAUAACUUCGCACUCUUUAUAUGUCACUCAGCAACGGUGUUUACCAACUGCGAAAUACUGAUUCACUCGAACAAUAUCAAGUUUACUGUCACAUGACUGAAUUAUCUGGGUGUGGGCAAGGAGGUUGGACACUACUGAUGAAAGUAGAUGGGAACAAAGUACGGAUAAUCUUAGCCUAACAUAAUUUCUUCGAAUGCGUAAACAUGCAUGAAAAACAAUAUUAAUAAUAUAUAGAAAAAUGAGUAAACUUUUUGCUUUGCAGAAUGAAUUCAACUACAGCUCUCCUUACUGGACAAACAAGGAAACCUACGCAGUUGAAGAUGGACUUGAAGGUUUGAAUGAAAAGCAGGCAAAACUUGCUUCUUACUGGAACACACCGUUUAACAAAAUAUGCCUCGGAAUGAAAGUCAAUGGUGCUACAAAAUGGAUAGUGUUAAACUACACCACAAACUCGUUACACAGUGUGAUCGAAGACGGGACUUUUAAAAAAACAACCGUUGGAAAGGAAGCAUGGAAGUCUCUUAUCGAUGGUUCGUCUUUGCAAGAAAACUGUAAUAAAGAAGGAUUUAAUAUACAAAUGAAUUACGCGGUUUACGCGUGGCGGUGGUACACGAACAUACGAAUUGGUUUGCUGGCAAAUAAUGAAAACCACUGCAGUAGUUGUGACUCGUGCAUUGGCUUUGGAACUUCGGUAAGUGAAUGCGAGGAUGACGUAAGGAACACAACGUGCGGCAAUAUGGCUGUUUGUGAUCAGCUGAAAAAUAAGAACACGGCAGCAUUUGGAUAUAUACUCGUACAGUAG